AUGGUGGCCGGAUUGGGCCUCCUCCAUUACGACAAGGUGAGUACUACAAUAAAGCCUUCCUAUCCUUCCAUGCUUCUUCCUUGCUUGCUCCCUGGCCGUGUGGGCGGCAUGGUGCCGCUCCCAUCUAGUUCGAGCCAAGGCAGAGGUGUGGUCAGCUACAACUUCCAUAGCAGUGCCGUCAAGGUCACCUACAUCCCAGACAAAAGAAGCGGCAGGUUUGCAUAUCAGAGGAGAUUUUCAUAUAUUUUGGUGAAGAUGAAAAGAAAGGCACAGUCAGGAAAAUCCCGCUCAUGGUGGUGGGACAGUCAUAUUAGUCCACAAAAUUCUAAGUGGCUCUCUGAGAAUCUAGAAGAAAUGGAGAAGCAGGUGAAACAAAUGCUGGGGCUCAUUGGUGAAGGAGAGUUCUCUGCAGAAAAAGCUGAGGUGUUUUACGAGAAGCGGCCUUUACUUAUUACUCAUGUGGAGAAGUUCUAUCGCAUGUAUCGUGCUCUUGCUGCGCGAUAUGACAGUGUAACUGGAGAACUGCGCAAAAACAUUCCAUCAUCUCUUCAAUCAUAUGGCUCUUUUGGUGUCUCUGAAUCAGAUUCUGAGACACAAUGUUCCUCAUCUCCAAAGUCUGACAUGCAAGAAAAUAUGCCACAGCAAAAGCAAAAGCCUGGGCCAGAUUUCCUUGAUAUUUCCAUUGGCUCUGGUGUUAGCUCUGAUGUAUCCAAGAAGGGUAGUGAAAGGUCUUCAUCAUCUUCAGAUUCUGAUUCAGAGCUUGAUGAGGCCAAAGAGGAAAAUGGCAGUAUUGUUUAUGCCCUGAGCCAAAAAAUUAUUGAGCUAGAAGAUGAGCUUCAAGAAGCAAGGGGAAAACUUGAUGCUUCAGAGGAAAAGCAUGCACAUUGCCAGAUUGAUUUGAGUACCAACUCAAAAGUUGCUGAACAUGAAGAAAAGCUGCAUACUUCAGAUGUGGAAUCCAACAACCUUCAGAAGGAUCCAGAAGAAAGGGAUUCUGCUUUAGAGAGCUCAACAGAAGUCAACAUCGAAAAGGAAGCAUUGGAAGCUGUGCUGUUUGAGCGCACAAAUGAGAUUGAAAUGCUGAAAGGUGCAAUGGCCUCAGCUGCUAAGCAGUUUGAGGUUGAAUUGGCACAUCGUGAUCUUGAAAUUGAUAAGUGCAAACAUGAGCUUGGAGUACUCUCAGAGAAGUAUUUGCAUGAUAAGUCUACUCUCGAGGAUGAGCUUAGAAAGCUCCAUGGAGUCAUCAAGAAUAUGGAAGGUGACCUAGAAAAAAUUUCACAUGAGAAAUUGCAGCUCAAGUCUCGGAUUAAAGAACUGGAGCAGGCAGCUCACAGCUUAGAAUAUUCAGCUUCCGAGAUAGUUAAGCUGCAAGAAGUAAUAAGGAAUACACAAGCAGAAUUAGAAAAGGUUGCAGAGGAGAAAGAAGUUCUCAAAGAACGCGCUAAUGAGUUUGAGCAACUUUUAAGAGCCCUUGAGGUCUCAGGUACAGAGGUUGCAAAGCUACCAGAAACUAUCAAGAACCUGGAAGCCCAGCUAGAAAGAGCCUUAGAAGAGAAAUCAGUACUUCAAGACCAGAUCAAGCAGCUGGAGCAGGUUAUGUCUGAAUCUUUGGAGAAACAUUCACAUGAGCAGUCCUCUCUUACCGCAGAUCUUUUGAAGUUAUCUGAAGCAAACGCUUCUCUUGAAGGCAAAUUGUCCUCUGUGGCGGCAGAGCUUAUGCAAGUUUAUGCUGACAAGGAAGAAGAAUCUCUCGAAAAUGAGAAGCAGAUUUCUGUCCUCAAUCAAUAUAUUGCUGAUCUCAGGAGAAAGCUUGAAUUAUUGUCAUCUGAGAAAGCCACAGUUGAUUUUGAGUUGGCCAAACUGCUAGCUGAUAUUACGACUCGUGACAAAAAGAUGAAGCAGAUGGAUGACCACUUAAAUCAGCUUCAGUUUGAGCAUGCCAAGCUGAUGGCAGAAUUUGAUACUGCACACAGGUCCUUGUCAGAGCUGCGUGCACAGAUUUUUGAGCUGGAAGAAGAGGUAGAGAAGCAGAAGCUUGUGAUAUCCGAGAGCGCAGAGGGAAAGCGGGAGGCCAUCAGGCAGCUGUGCUUCUCCAUUGAACACUACCGCAGCGGGUAUCAGCAGCUGAGGCAGCUGUUGCAAGGCCACAGGAGGCCGGCUGUGAUGGCAACCUGA